AUGCGUCUUUCUGAGAAUGAAGAUGAAUCUUCACAGGAACUUGACGCAAAUAAUCAAAACAAAAAAUACUCUCUGGAUUUUAUUAAUAAUGCCGAUGAUGAUUCACCCAUUGCUUCUGAUCCCUUAAGUUAUAACACGAUGUUCGACAAACAAUCCUCUCCGCCUACACAUCAAAGCCAAGAGCGCGAAGAUGAAAAACAUUCGCUUAAUUUUAUUAUGGCUUCUAAUUCGAUUUCUUUACCUCAUCCAAAUCAACCGAGUUUAUCAAGCGUGCCUCGUUCAAGUACAAUUUCUUUACCUCAAGAUUCAUUCAUGAGAAAAUGGUAUGAUCAGAUCGGAAUUCAAAGUGAUGACGCAUUUGCUUCAAGAGUGCUGGAUAGGUUAUACUUGGGAAGUCUACGGGCAGUAUUAAAUGAACCGUGGUUAAGAGAUCAUAAAAUUACUCAUAUUCUUACCGUUGCCGAUAGCAUUCGACCCCCGUAUCCUGAGUCUUAUAUCUAUAAGAUAAUACCGGUUAGAGAUCAUCGGGCGGAAAAUAUUUCACAAUAUUUUGAUACAACUUACGAGUUCAUACAACAGGCGUUAGGUAGUGAGGAUGGGGUUGUUUUAGUUCAUUGUCAACAAGGAAUUUCACGAAGCGCUAGCGGUAAGACAACUGCAAUUCAUAAAAUGAGUGAUCCUUUAACCGAACAAAGCCCUCUAGCUUCUGAAACCGCUGAGCUUCAACAACUUGAUGAGAGUUCGGAUCCGCUAACAAAUUUAAAUGGAUGGAGUCUCAUAGGAUCGGAAAAGGAAGAUCUUCCAAUGAACGAACAUCAAACUGGUUACCUAACCGCCAUGUAUGCUUCCGAAGUUAUGCCCAACUUGUAUUUGGGAAGGUCAGCACUCUAG